GUUGGGAUAGGUGUUCGCUCCUAUAAUUCACUUUUCUCUCGGUGUGUGAAUUUUGACUUCGUUGCGGUGGUUAUUUGCUAUCAUGUUUCACUUGUCUCUCGGCGAGUGAUAUAUUGCAACAUGGCGGAAAGAUAUACCAUCAAUAUGAUCACUCCAGAUACUAAAAAUUGGACAUGUAAAGUCCAAGUUGUUGAUAAAAGUCGACCAAGGGACAACAAAGAUAAAACCACAAAAUAUCAAGUCCUAAUUCUGCAAGAUGAAGAGGAGAAUCAAGUUCAGGCCACCAUUUUCAGUACUGAUAUAACAUAUUUUGAAAAAGAAUUUGCUCCUUUCAAGACUUACUUGGUAUCUGUUGCAUAUGUGAAAGUCCCACCUCUUGGAUACGAAAAUCCACUUAACAAAUUCAUUUGGACACUCGACAAAAACACCAUUGUUGAACCAAUUGAAGAGCACCAACACGACUGACUAUUGCCAAAUUUGACACUUUUGAGUAUCAAUCCAAAGAAUUUGAAUUUGAUGUACUUGCCAUUGUCAUUAAUGGCAGUCCUUCAACAAAGACAACAACUGGAAAGCGACUUCAAGAGUUCAUUGUCAUGGACAAGCUGAAAAAACCAACAAAACUGACACUUUGGGAGGAUUUUAUUGAUCAUGAGGGAGUUAAACUUUUCAAACAACUUCAUGAUUACCCAAUCAUUCUUGCUAGGAGAAUUGCGAAAUCAUCCCCGGGUAAAAGAACAUCGAAUAGAUUCAUUGGUUUGACGAGCAAAUUCAAUACCACAAUUGAAAUCAAUCCUCCAUAUCCACAGGCUGCUGAGUUAAGGACGUGGAUCAAAACAAUUGAAGCAAAGCUAUUUGCUUAUAAGAUGAAAAGUACAACUCCAAUAGGCUCUACUAUGUUAAUUCCAUUUGAGGAUGACAUUAUAUCUGUGGCUAACAUCCAAGCACAACCUCCGGGACAAAUAUUUAAUAUUGAGGCUGAAUUGUGUCUUGCAAGUAAAGAACAACUCUUUAGUGUGUUAGCAUGCUCAAAUUGUAAGCAAUUAUUCACAAGAUAUAAUGUGCGAAGGGAAAUCUACUGCACAAGUUGUCACCGAUCCACACAUCUUAUUCCUAGGUGUCAAUUUGAAGUUACUGUUAAGGACAACAGCGGUUUUGCCACAGCUAUUGUUUCAGAUGAAAUUGCAGAGAAAAUGUUGCACCUCACUUCCGAAGAAAUUUAUGAAAUUUGCUUCGUCAAGAAAGGAACAUUAUCGCUGCAAAAUGUGGAAGAUCAACUGAAUGGAAAGAUAUUCAACAUUCAAAUGAAAAAGCUAUUCACAAAAAAAUUGGAUGCAACGCAAAAAUUAUCCAUUUUGUCUUACAUGGAGAAAGAAGAUGUCGUUCAUGAACCAAUGGCAUCUACAACAGUCAAUGUUACAGAAGGAAAAAAGCGCACAAUUGAACAUGUUAAUUCAAGGGAAAAAGAAUAUCCAAGCAUUGCAAAUAAAUCUAAUCCUCCCAUGAAAAAAAAUUAAAAGUUGAAAUACUUUUGCUGU